AUGUGUGUCUGCUCCAAGUUGGUCUCUAAUGGCUCCUUGAUCAGGAGGAGCACUUCUCAGCUGCUGAGUUGGCUGCUGUCCACAGUAGAUUUGAACCAAUCGGAGAAGUUGACAGAUAAGGGCCUCAGUAGCUUGACAAUCACUAGUCUUCUGACCUCACUCAUCCCUAGCAGCAACUUCCAAACCAUUUCAAGGGGCAUCAGUACAGCUGCCAAGCUCAUUAGGGUUGCUCGUACAGUGGGGGUGACUGGCUCUGGGGCCGGGAUUGGGACUGUUUGGGGGAGUCUCAUCAUUGUCUAUACCAGAAACCCUUCUCUGAAGCAACAGUUCUUCUCCUACAUGACUCUAGGCCGUGGAGCUCUUUCGUCUAAUUAA